CUUCCAAAGGCCAAACGUUUGAAAGCCGUCCAAGCCGUCCAAUGGCAGCCCACAGCAACCAGAAUCACGAGAAACAAUGCAGGGCAUCCCUGUCUGUGUUGAAUGCGAAAGUUACCCCACACGCAAGUUCACAGCUCAUCCAACACCUGGCCCCAGAGCAACAGUAAAAAGAAGUAAGCAUUAGCUGUGCUAGCGCGCUGAUCAUUUUUGUUUGUACCGAAGCAUAGGGUCUUCACAGUGGUCUUCACUUGUACUUUCACCCAGGAUUCUCCAACAAAAGAUGGGACAAAGACCCGGCAGUUCUCGACCUCUUUUUGACCACUCAAAUGCCUCUCUCCGCGCGCGUCCCGAAGGCCAAAGACCUCUCCACUAUGCGGCCCAUGAGGGCCACGUGGAGGUCCUCGAGCGGCUCUUGGCCGCGAAAGCCACAGUGGAGGCAGAGACUGAGUCCGGCCACAGACCUCUCCACCUUGCGGCCGGAAGGGGCCGCGUGGAGGUCCUCGAGCGGCUCUUGGCCGCGAAAGCCACGGUGGAAGCAGUGGAUGGGAACCGUCGGAGGCCCCUGCACUGGGCGGCCAACAAUGGCCACCUGGACGUCGUCGAGCGCCUCCUGGGGGCCAGCGCCGACGUGGAGGCGCAGACGAAAGAUGGCGAGACCCCAUUUGACAUGGCCAAGGAGAGGGGCAAGGAGAAGGUGAUGGGUGUGCUGCGUCCUGU